GCGAAAAUUGUUGGUAGCGUGAUUUGGUAGAUAGCGGCAGGGUUAUACGUACGCGGCAGAAAGACUCACGGAGAGACAAAGGACCACUCAAUUCAAUUUCUAUUUCAUAUUAUCCCUUUCUUUCUAAAUUCGAACUAAUUCACAAAAUGAUGUGGGAAUGGGAUGAUUACGAUGACACCACUCCAAAACCCGAACAACCACAACCCGAUUCUCAUCUCAACUUCGAUUUCUUCUCUGCACUCUCCACGCCCAAGGAUUAUUAUAAGAUACUUGAAGUGGAUUAUGAUGCUUCGGAUGAUGAUAUUCGCUCCAAUUACAUUCGUCUCGCUCUGAAAUGGCACCCUGAUAAGCAGAAAGGCCAGGAUUCUGCUACCUCCAGAUUCCAAGAGAUAAACGAGGCCUAUCAAGUUUUGAGUGAUCCGGUCAAAAGGAGGGAAUACGACAAAAAUGGGAUGCAUUACGUAUAUGAUUACAAUAUCAUUGAUUAUCUCAACCGUUACAAGGGCCUUAUAUUGACGUGCAAUGGCCUUGGCGUAAAGCAUUCGAUAUGGUAAACCAAACCAACAUCAUUCCAGUGCAUCUGGGACAGUUUUUUUGUAGUACCUGGCACUGCAUGCCAUGCAUAGUAAUGAACACACCUGCUUAUGAUGUCCUAGAGAGCCAGUUCCAUGCUUUUUGUAUUAAAAAAAGGACAAAAAUGGGACUCCCAUGUCUUGUAAUGUCGAAUGCUCUCCCCUCCCCUGCCUUCUUUCAAAUAUGUGUUAAUAUCUUCUCACCCUUUCUAUUUAUCUAUUAAUGAAAAUUAGGUUAACACUUAUA